AUCUUGCUCGAAUCAAGAGCAGAUCUUUCUUGGAACGCUUGCUCCAUUUUGCUUCAAAUUUUGUAUUAACCUUUUGGUUGCUUCCCCUCAUCAUGGAUCUCUCCGACAUUGCAAUUGAGAUCACCAGAGCCGCUGGGCUCUCUACACCAACAAUUGCUCGUCGCACCUCUAUGCAUAUUCCUCGAAAGACUAGCUGGGGUACUCCAAUACCUCCGCCUUCAAGCAAAACAGACACGGCAAUCACAUCCAAGGAAGACAUCUUCGACAAUGUUGAACUGAGUCCUAAGAGUCACGAGUCUACUAGCAGUCCCAAUCCUGGCUUCAGCACUCUAAGAAACAUAGCGGCGCUUGGCCUAUCAUUUGCUGCAGACGACACCGAGGACGAUGGACCAGACAAGACUCGUUUCUCUUUGGAUGAAGAUUCUCCGUAUACGCCCGAGGGUAAUCGACCUUUCAAUAAGUGGAUGAGGACUCUCCAAAAGAGGGCAACGGAUCGGCGAAAAACAGUCAGCUGCGAUGUCACUGGUGAUAUUCUGGAAAAGGAGCUUUUCGAGACUCCAAAUGCACAGCGAAGAUCUGGACACAAGAAGUCGUCUUCUGCAUCGUCUUAUGGGUUUGUUACAGCAGUCAAAAGUGCAAGUAUCAGUUUGGCAAGCUUUAGUGUUGCCCCACGAUCUCGAAGAACCGGGGUCUCAUCUCGCCAGCAUAGGACAGACCGCAGCAGCAAGGCUUCUAAUGUUGGACGACUCUCUGAGGACAAUUCAUAUGUGGCUGGUGGCGCUGCACUGGAUCAAGCCGUCACGAAUCGCUUACUUCAACGCCGUCGGAUCCUUGAAGAGAUCAUCAGCACUGAAGAAAGCUAUCUUGCAGAUGUCAAGUUUCUCAUGAACGUGUACGUGACACUUCUGGCCUCGAUUCCAAGCCUUUCUCCAAAUAUACGAGCAUCGAUCAAACGAAAUCUCAACGAUAUUGUUGAACUUCAUGAAGAGCUUCUAGGAGAACUGCACAAAGCUGUACCACACUCGGAGUACACACAAUCGACGGGCGGCGAAUCGGCUUUGCCUCCUGUGUCUAAACCACGCCAUCACCACCGAUGGCGAAGCCUUGAUGCGGUUCCUGAUCCUGCUACUGGAGCUUCAUGGCUGCAGAAGAUUCCCGGGAUGACAGCAGAACCUAAAAUCGCCGCCGAGGUUGCAAAGAUUUUUGGAAAGAAAAUGAAUCGGUUCUUCAUCUAUGAAGAAUAUGGCGCCAAGUAUGAAAUCAUGCUCAAAGAUCUGGCAAAUGCGUACAAAACGAUUCCACAAUGGGAGAUUUUUCAACGAGGACUCGAAGCAUUGGCUUCAUCCCUGGCAUCCAUUAACAGUCAACAGGAGAAUGCAAGAAAAGCAUUGACGAUUGGAGAUCUGCUUGUAAAGCCAAUACAGCGUGUAUGCAAGUACCCACUGCUGUUCUCAGAGCUAUUGAAGGUAACACCUGUUUGCGACUGCCCGGAUUCUCACAUCGAGAUUGAGAAUGUCCUCAUUCGAUUGAGAGAAGCAACGAAUGAGAUCAACAGGGCUACAGAUGAUCCAAGAAUGAAAAUGGUCAUGGAGAAGUCAUGGCUUUUGCAAGACCGCCUAGUCUUUCCCGAUAUGUCAGGUAUACAAUCCAUAAAUGCAGUCCGCGCUCUGGGUCAUGUUCAUCUCUGCGGAGUACUGCACGUCUCAUGGCAAACCAAAGAUGGUGUUGAUGGCCAGUAUCUCAUCUGUCUCCUGUAUCGCGACUUUUUGCUUCUAGCAAGUGCAACCAAGAAUGAUCAGAUUUACACAAUCCAAGCCAGCAUUGGCCUAUGUGAGAUCCGCAUAGAAGAAAUCGACAAUGGCAAAGGUUUACAGUGUCACACGGCUCCCUUUUCUUGGAAACUGGUCUUUGAAUAUGACCAUCGAUUGUUUGAGGUUACUUUGAGUGCAUGCUCGCCGAAGGAGGAACUUGAAUGGCGAAGCCGUUUGGCUGAUCGUUCUUGCAAACAGCUUCUUGACGUAGGGGAGCAAGCAUUGUUUACCUCGUUAUCUCUGGAUAUAAAGCCACUCGGCACAGUUUUUGGAAAGCCAGGCACUAUUGCUAGAAGGAUAUCAAUACACAGAGCAACGACAGUAGGACCAAUGUCCGGACUCUGCCAAGUCAUCAUCAAAAACACCAACGCUUUCAAAGAAUCUGCAUCUUGUGUCAACAUCAACAGAUCACAGUCUUUACUGACAACCAACCGAAUUCCGGUUCUUGCUCCCUCAAGAGCAGAACGUAUUAGACUUGAAGCACUUUUGACUGAUGUGUGGACUCGCGAUAUUCUGCCAUACCCUGGGAUGACUGGACGAGCUCGUGGUGAGCAUCUUGUUCGAGCUUCAGCAAGUUCUAUGAUGCGGAAGCUCAGCGUAGCAAGCAUUGCAAGCAACUUCACAAAGCGAUCCGGUAGUAUGGCAAGCCUUCAUUUGACUACCGAAGACGACGAGUCUGCGGAUCACGAAUUGCCAAGAGUGACUCCAAAACGACCAAGGAGCGAUUCGACUGCAGUCCAAGACUAUGAUGAUCCUACUAAAUCAAGGUUGUCAGUCAUUCAUGAUGCCAAGGAGAACAUGCAUCAAAAUGAUUCUGCAGAGAACCUUGCUUCUCUUGCGAACGGUAGUCCGUCGAACACCAUGCGUAGACUUGCAACGAUGAAAGUCAAGAGCUGGAGUCAUGAUGGGCAAAGAAUCAUCACACCUCCUCUGAGGACAUCAAGUGCUAAUAGCGUGAGACAAAGUCAGAGCCAGCAAAGAGCUACUACUCCACUGUCGACUGUCACAGACUCUGCUGGGGAAGACAAGGAGAAUCAUGUCAAGGCGCAAGUCUUGGAGACCCCGACUGCCUCGAAGAGUAAGAAGUCAAGGGGACUUGGAAGAGCUGUUGUUGCAGAAGGGAUCCGAAAUUUCUUUCGUUGAGGGUUUAGAGAAAGAGACACACUUAAAUUCGGCUGUAUAAAUUCUGGAUUAUCAUUAUACAGGAGGCAUCGGGUGCCAGCUCCUUCAAUUGGUUCUUGUUCUUGGAGGCUGAUCCUUUCUUGUUUCAUUCCGUGGAUAGAAUCGAACUCACUCUGGUACUGGGUAAAAAGAGUUUAUAUAGCAUAC